GUUUUACUGUAUAUUUGAUCAAAUAAGUGCUUUGGUACGCAUAAGAGACUUUUUUCAAAAAUAUUACAAAAUCUUGCAAAACCCCAAACGUUUGAAUGAUAAUGUAUUCUUUCUUUUGUUUGUUUAGCAUUUAAACAAUGACAGCAAAUUUCAGCUAGAAAUCUCAUUUCAAAUUUAAACUGUAAUAAUAUAAUAUAAUAUAAUAUAAUAUAAUAUAAUAUAAUAUAAUAUAAUAUAAUAUAAUAAUGUUUUAAAGAUCUGCCUUUGUCUCCAGUCUGUCUAUGUAUUGUUCAACAAUGCUGUCAUUUAUUAAGCAGACAGAAGUCUUUUCAAAUGACUAGUGGAAGGUCACAAGUUCAAACACUCUCUUGUUAGAUGUUAAUUUACUAAAGGAAAAUGCUAAUGUACAAUCUGUCCGUGCAGAGUGGUAUCCAUGCCUAUUUGUGAAUUAUAUAGACACUGAUUUGUUUUCAUGGAAAUUUCUUUAAGUCAACAUACUAACAUCUAUGUGCUAUGUGUGUUUGUUUGUGUUAAAAGAAAAAGAGAUGUUAGUAAAAAGGAAUAUGUAUGAAUAUUUUUCAUGUCAUUGUGUGAGAGGUUAAUGAUCUACAUCAGAGCAGUGAAUAAAUAGACUUAUUGUUGGACGAGCUCAAGUCCAUAUCGUCCUCAUUGUUUCUUUUGAGCCACAUCAGAAGAUUUGGUCAGCAAAGAUGAAGUUUGAGAACCUGUUGGCUGAGGUUGGGGGGUUUGGAAAAUACCAGAUCAGUAUCAUCGCCCUUUUGGUGAUUCCAAGAGUCACACUGCCGUUUCACUUCCUUUUAAACAACUUUAUCGCUGCUAUCCCGUCUCAUCACUGUGACAUCAGCUCUCUGGAUGCUUACGGGAUCCUUGGGAAUCUGAGUCGAGAAGAGAGAAUGACCGUCAGUAUUCCUGUACAGGAGGACGGGACUCCUGCUUCCUGUCACAUGUUCUCCCAUCCUCAGUUCCACCUGCUGAUGAACUCCUCCAGCAGCACAGAACUUCCUGUAGUGGAGUGUCAGAAUGGAUGGGAGUUUGACAACAGCACAUUUAAAUCAGCAUUGGCUACUGAGUUUGAAUUGGUGUGCGACAAGAAAGGUCUGAAUAAAGCCACAGCCACCAUCUUCUUUGUUGGUGUGAUGGUUGGAGCAGCCAUUUUUGGCUGGCUGAGUGACAGAUACGGUAGGAAACGAAUGCUGCUGAUGUCAUACCUGAUAUCCAUUUCAUUUGCGGUGGCCAGUGCAUUCUCUCAGUCCUUCAUCAUGUUUGCUAUAACUAGGUUCUUUACUGGGAUGGGCCUUACAGGCAUCAGCAUAAUCUCCUAUGUCCUGUGCGUAGAAUGGGCUGAUAUUGCACACAGAACGAUUGCUGGAGUUUUGAUCAGUCUGGACUGGUCUAUCAGCACUAUGAUAUUGCCUGGCAUUGCUUAUCUCGUCAAUGGCUGGAGGCCUCUGAUCAUCACGGUAACAGCUCCCCUCGGACUGGCAGUAAUCACAUGGAGGUGGAUGCCAGAGUCAGCACGAUGGCUCAUAGCCAGUGGACGAUUUGAAGAGGCCCAUCAUUAUCUGAGCAAAUGUGCCUCAGCCAAUAACAGACAGCACAACCUCAGAGAUAUCAAACCAGAGACCCUUGCUAAUGUUAUAAUUGCUGAGGACAGAGGUGACAAGAAGUACUCGUAUCUGGAUCUUGUGAGGUCUUCUAAUAUGAGGAAACUGGCUCUGCUUACAGGAAUCACUUGGUUCGGAGUGGCAUUCACUUACUACGGCAUCAGUUUGAACAUCAGUGGCUUCGGGCUGAACCUGUACCUCACUCAGUUUAUUUAUGGUGCCAUAGAGAUGCCAUCAAAACUGGUGGCAUAUAUGUGUCUUGAUAAACUAGGCCGCAGGUACAGUCAGGCGGGCACAUUGAUUACAACAGGAGUCUGCACUGGCAUCACUGUCCUCAUUCCCAGAGAUUUGUGGGUGCCUCGUACAGUCAUUGCUGUGCUGGGUAAAGGAUUCUCAGAGGCCUCCUUCACAUGUGUUUUCCUCUAUACCACUGAGCUGUACCCGACUGUGUUACGGCAGAACGGAUUAGGCUAUAGUUCAUUUGUUGGUCGUGUUGGUGUCUCUUUAGCACCUCUUGUGAGCCUCUUGGAUGAGGUCUGGCUCCCUCUGCCACAGGUCCUGUUUUGCUCUGUAGCCAUCAUUGCAGGCCUCCUUGUUCUGCUCCUCCCUGAGACCCACAAUGUGCGGCUUCCUGAGACUAUUGAGGAUAUCGAGAAAACUAGGAAAAGAUCAGUGUGUUCACAACUUGAGUAUCAGCUUGGAAAGGAGCCCUUCAAGGAGACAAAAUGAAUCUAACCUGCAGAGAAGAUGAAUCUAAUAAAAAUCUAAUUCAUCAUUGAA